GUCAUAUUUCCCAGAUCCUCGAGUGUGUAACCGGCCGUGGGCCCUGUGUGUCGUGUCCUGCAGAGCUGAAAUGUCACUUUGCCGUCUGAAUUAGAGUUAACUUGCCUCCCGCCUCCGCUUGUGUGUGUGUGUGUCCUUAUUCAAGAGCCAGAGGGACUCUGUGGGCGGACGCACAGCGGCCAUGUCGACCCUCCUGCGAUGCUUCUCCGGCUCCUCUGUCGCUUUGCUCCAGAAAGGGGUUUGUCAGAGGACCACUGGAAGGAGGACUUUCAGGACUUUCCCUGUGUUAUGGGACCAAAAGGCCUCCAGAGGUGUGCUCUACAAGGACCUGGUGGUCGGGGUUCCCAAGGAGACGCUGCAGAAUGAGCGCCGCGUGGCGUUGUCUCCUGCGGGCGUGGAGGCGCUGGUCAAGCAGGGCUUCAAGGUGCAGGUGGAGAGUGGAGCUGGAGAGGAGUCCAAGUUCUCCGAUCAGCACUACAGGGAUGCCGGAGCCACCAUCACCGACGUCACCGGAGCCCUCGGCUCAGACUUGGUCCUCAAGGUUCGAGCCCCCAGUUUGAGCGAGGCGGACCUGCUGAAGCCCCACUCCACCUUGGUGAGCUUCAUCUAUCCAGCGCAGAACCCGGAGCUGAUGAGGAAACUAUCCGACAGGCAGAGCAACGUGCUGGCCAUGGACCAGGUGCCCCGGGUCACCAUCGCCCAGGGCUACGAUGCGCUCAGCUCCAUGGCUAACAUCGCAGGGUACAAAGCUGUGGUUUUGGCCGCUAACCACUUCGGCAGGUUCUUCACCGGUCAAAUCACAGCUGCAGGAAAAGUCCCCCCAGCUAAGGUCCUGGUCAUCGGAGGCGGCGUCGCCGGUUUGGCAGCGGCAGGUACGGCCAAGUCGAUGGGAGCCAUAGUCCGAGGUUUUGACACCAGGCCAGCCGCCCUGGAGCAGUUCAAGUCGUUCGGGGCGGAGCCCCUGGAGGUCAACAUCAAGGAGUCUGGCGACGGGGUCGGAGGUUACGCCAAAGAGAUGUCUCAAGAGUUCAUUGACGCCGAGAUGGCGCUCUUCGCCAAGCAGUGCAAGGAGGUGGACAUCGUGAUCAGCACGGCCCUGAUUCCAGGGAAGCGCGCUCCCAUUCUGAUCAAGAAGGAGUUCGUGGAGUCCAUGAAGGACGGCUCCGUGGUGGUGGACAUGGCCGCGGAGGCCGGGGGAAACAUCGAAACCACCAGGCCCGGAGAGCUGCACGUUCACAAGGGCGUAACGCACAUUGGCUACACCGACCUGCCCAGCCGCUUGCCCACCCAGGCCAGCACCCUGUACUCGAACAACGUGCUGAAGCUGCUGAAGGCCAUCAGCCCCGACAAGGAAUACUUCCACUACGAGCCCAAAGACCAGUUUGACUACGGGACGAUCGAUCAUGUCAUCCGCGGGACUCUUGUUAUGAAGGACGGCAAGGACAUUUUCCCCGCGCCCCUCCCCAAAACGGUGCCCCCGCCGCCAGUGAAACAGAAAACGGUGGCGGAGUUGAAGGCCGAGAAGACGGCGGUGAUCUCGCCCUUCAAGCGCACGAUGACCUCCGCUGGCGCCUACACGGCAGGUGUGUCCACCUGUCUGGCUCUGGGCAUCAUUUCCCCCAACGCGGCCUUCACCCAGAUGGUCACCACCUUCGGCCUGUCCGGCAUCGUGGGAUACCACACGGUGUGGGGCGUGACCCCCGCUCUGCACUCGCCCCUCAUGUCCGUCACCAACGCCAUCUCAGGUCUGACAGCUGUUGGCGGUCUGGUGCUGAUGGGCGGCGGUCUCACACCCUCCAGCCUGCCCGAGGGUCUCGCUCUGGCGGCGGCUUUCGUUUCCUCCAUCAACAUCGCCGGUGGUUUCCUGAUCACCCAGAAGAUGCUGGACAUGUUCAAGCGUCCCACUGACCCUCCAGAGCACAACUACCUGUACAUGCUGCCCGGGGCGGCGUUUGUUGGGGGGUACGGCGCCUCGGUGGCCGCUGGGUACAACAUCGAGCAGAUGAUGUACCUGGGCUCGGGCCUGUGUUGCGUCGGGGCGCUGGCGGGCCUCUCCGCCCAGCGCACCAGCCGCUUGGGGAACGUCCUGGGCAUGAUGGGAGUGGCAGGGGGCAUCGCCGCCACCCUCGGUGCCCUCAAACCCUCCCCGGAGCUGCUGUCUCAGAUGUCUCUGGCUAUGGCCACAGGGGGAACCCUGGGUCUGACCAUUGCCAAGCGCAUUGAAAUCUCGGACCUGCCGCAGCUCGUGGCGGCCUUCCACAGCCUCGUGGGCCUGGCGGCUGUCCUCACCUGCGUCGCCGAGUUCAUGAUCGAGUUCCCUCACCUCGACACUCACCCAUCCACCGGAGUGCUCAAGACCGUGGCCUACAUGGGCACCUACAUCGGCGGCGUCACCUUCAGUGGCUCACUGGUGGCCUACGGCAAGCUUCAAGGCGUGCUGAGCUCGUCGCCGCUGCUGCUGCCGGGACGACACAUGCUGAACGCCGGCCUGAUGGCGGCGUCCAUGGGGGGCAUGGUGCCCUUUAUGCUCAGUUCAACCUACGGCACCGGCAUGGGGUGUCUGGUCGGAGUGUCUGGGCUUUCCACCAUCAUGGGUGUCACCCUGACGGCGGCCAUCGGCGGCGCCGACAUGCCCGUGGUCAUCACCGUGUUGAACAGCUACUCCGGAUGGGCGCUCUGUGCCGAAGGCUUCCUGCUGGACAACAAUCUGAUGACCAUCGUCGGCGCUCUGAUUGGCUCCUCCGGUGCCAUCCUCUCUUACAUCAUGUGUGUGGCCAUGAACCGCUCCCUGCCCAACGUGAUCCUGGGCGGAUACGGCACCACCUCCACGGCGGGCGGCAAGCCGAUGGAGAUCGUCGGCACUCACACCGAGGUCAACUUGGACCAGACCAUCGACAUAAUCAAGGAAGCCAGCAGCAUCAUCAUCACACCAGGUUGGGGUCUGUGUGCAGCCAAAGCCCAAUACCCCAUCGCAGACAUGGUGAAGAUGCUGAAGGAACAGGGCAAGAGUGUCAGGUUUGGGAUCCACCCAGUGGCCGGUCGCAUGCCGGGCCAGCUGAACGUCCUCUUGGCCGAGGCCGGCGUUCCCUAUGACGUGGUCCUGGAGAUGGAUGAGAUCAACGAAGACUUCCCAGAGACCGACUUGACGCUGGUCAUCGGAGCCAACGACACGGUGAAUUCUGCAGCGCAGGAGGACCCCAACUCCAUAAUCGCUGGCAUGCCUGUCCUGGAGGUGUGGAAGUCCAAACAGGUGAUAGUGAUGAAGCGCACAUUGGGUGUGGGCUACGCCGCGGUUGACAAUCCCAUUUUCUACAAGCCGAACACAUCCAUGUUGCUAGGAGACGCCAAGAAGACGUGCGACAGUCUGCAAGCAAAGAUCAGAGAGGCCUUCUACUAGCGGCUCCUCGUUGGUUUUUACCCUCACGAACGGUGCUGUACGAGUAUAAGCAAGUUGACAAAAAAACUGUAUUUCCCUGCAUUAGCUUUCAGGAUAUAUUUUUGUAGGAAAGAUUUCAGGUCUGGAAGAGAUGCGAUUUAAUCAUUUGAGGCAUGAAUAAUUCAAAUAAAAAUGUGUAUUGAUUUGUAAAUAAAAUCAUUUAAACGCA